AUGCCUUCAACUUCAGAACUAGAUACGAGUCAAUAUGGGGUCGUUAUAGAUGCUGGCUCAUCGGGCUCUAGGGUUUACGUCUAUCAGUGGCAGGAUUCACACCAAGUCUCUCUAGAUGCAGAUAAUUCAUUAGCACAUUCUGUCCCUAAAAUUUUGAGGGGCAAGGAUUGGACUUUCAAAACUUCUCCGGGUCUUUCGAGCUUCAAGAAGUCCCCCGAAAAAGCGUACAAUAAGCACAUAAAGCCUUUACUAGAAUUUGCCGGUAAGGUUGUCCCUCAUGAUAAGAUCCAUUCGACUCCGAUCUUUAUCCAGGCUACGGCAGGCAUGAGGUUACUACCAGAGAAAUACCGGAAUAAAAUCAUGGGAAAUCUUUGCACAGAUAUAAAGAAGGACUCUGAUUUCAGGCUACUUGAUUGCGAGAAUCAAAUUCAAGUCAUUGAUGGAGAAACCGAAGGGCUCUAUGGAUGGCUAGCGCUUAAUUAUAUGAUGGGAAAUUUUGACAACUACAGCAGCAUUGCGGAAUCUCAUUUUUCCUCGGGCUUCAUGGACAUGGGCGGUGCUUCUGCUCAGUUAGCAUUCCAACCUAGCAACCAAGAAGAAAUCACAAAACAUGACGAUGACAUUGCGACAGUUAGCCUUAAAAGUAUAAAUGGCGAAUUUCAGCAAUGGCGAGUCUUUGUAAGCACGUGGCUGGGGUUCGGUGCAAAUCAAGCCAGAUCAAGGUAUCUUGCACAGCUGAUUAAUUCUUUACCAGAAAAUUCCAAUGACGAUGACGGAGACGACUUUCAAGUUAGAAGGUUUUCUGAUCCUUGUAUGCUGAAAGGAUCUACCAUGGAGGUGAAAUUCAAAGGGAAAGAAUUUGAGCUGACGGGUUCUGGGAACUAUGAACAAUGCUCCAAAUCUAUAUAUCCCUUACUGCUCAAACAUAUGCCCUGCUUAGGAGAUCCUUGUCUCUUUAACGGCGUGCACGCCCCUACGAUUGAUUUUUACAAAGAUAUGUUUGUUGGGGUCUCAGAAUACUGGUACACCGCAAACGACGUUUUCAAGCUAGGUGGAGAGUACAAUUUCUAUGAUUACAGUAAGAAGGUUCGUGAGUUUUGCGAAACAGAUUGGGAGGAGGUGGAACAAAACAGCGCAGACAACCUCUACAAUAAAAUCUCAACCAAGCAGCUCUCUGAGUCCUGUUUCAAAGCAAAUUGGAUCAUGAAUGUGCUUCACGAAGGCUUCAAUAUGCCUCGAGUUGGUCUGGAAGUUGAAAGCUCGGAAGAAAUGGACUCGAAACCAAAGACUCAUUCAUCGAAUUUCCGCAGUUUAAACGACAUAGAGGGUGAAGAACUCUCGUGGACUUUAGGUCGAAUUUUACUUUACGCAUCUUCUUUAGUCAUGAAAGGAACGGACGGAGACAGAGUAGGUUUAAAGCCAAGCUCAAAUGAUAUGAAAAAUUUAGGCAAAUUAUUCGUUACAGGAGGGAUAAGCGGGAGUGCCUCCGACCAUAUUUCUGCCAAAAGUGGAUUGGGAAGAGUUUUCGGAUGUUUGGUUGUGUUAUUACUAUUAUGUUUCGUGAUGAUUAAAUCCUCGUCACGAUUUUGGACCAGAUUUCGCAAUUUGCCGCGCUUUUCCAAAUUUCUUGAUUUCAAUUACUCUAAGCUGCGACAAAAGGGCGGAGUCGUUAGCCUGUCCACCGACCUCGAGCGAGGAAAUUUUGAAAGAGGGCGCUUUGGUCAAGAUGAUGAUAAUGAUGGGGUACAAGUCCGAAGCCGCAGUAUGAUAAAUUUACGUGGGAACUCCGCUAACCAAGGCCAAUUUAUGUUUCAAGAAAGUUCUGAUUUCACAAAGAACGGUUCUUCCUCGCAUUCCUCUAAGCAAAAGCUACGAAGCGCUCUAUCAUUAGCCGAUUUUAAAAACUUUAUUAAUGCAUAA